AUUGUGAGUGUCAGAGUGUGAGAGAGAGAGUGUGACAGCGACUUUGGGCGCCAGACUCAGCUCCAGGACCCUCAGACACAGGAACUGGCUUCCGAGAAGACACCGAUUGACCAGCUGCUCGUCAUGACAAAGCCCCCGAAAGACAGGUACAAUGCCGUCUGGUUAAUAUUCUUCAUGCUUGGACUCGGCACUCUGCUACCAUGGAAUUUUUUCAUGACGGCAACCAUGUAUUUCACUAGUCGCCUCACUGAGGAUGGUCAUUUGCCGAAUGUACAGGAUGUCCCUCAUUUAGAGCGCAGCGGCCAGGGUGACUUUGGACCUAGUACAUCUUCUGUUCUCAUUACGGAGGCAACCCCUGAGGGCAGUCCACCAAUCACAUCCGUGGUAGGGAAUGACAGUAUGUCCUCCGUGGCAAUCCCACAGCAAACCUACCUGCAGAGCAAGUUUAAUAAUGUGAUGACUCUGUGUGCAAUGCUCCCUCUGCUCAUCUUCACCUGCCUCAACUCCAUGCUACACAGCAGGAUCUCACAGAAUAUCCGGAUCGCAGGCAGCUUGGUCGCAAUUUUUCUGGUGUUUUUGCUGACAGCAAUAUUUGUGAAGAUUAGCUUCUCACCUGUCACUUUCUUCACACUCACCAUGCUAAAGAUUGUGUUUAUUAACUCAUUUGGUGCUCUCCUGCAGGGCAGCCUUUUUGGAUUGGCUGCACUCUUCCCAGCCAGUUACACGACUCCCAUAAUGAGUGGCCAGGGUCUGGCAGGAACGUUUGCUGCUUUCUCUAUGAUCUGUGCUCUUGCCAGUGGCUCUUCAUUGGAGGACAGUGCUUUUGGCUAUUUUAUUACAGCGUGUGUGGUAAUCUUACUCGCACUCCUUGCAUACUUGGCUCUUAACAAGCUGGAAUUUUACCGAUAUUACACAGAGGAAAACGUAAAAGAUUCCACAAAUUCACAGCUGGAAAUGAAGAAAGAUUUACUGACAAAAGAUGGUAGUAAAGCAGAGGCCGGUGAUAAAGAACCAGAAACUACGAAACCAUCAAUAAUCAAUAUUUUAAAAAAGAUAUGGGUCAUGGCUCUGUCCGUCUGCUUGGUGUUCACCGUCACCAUCGGAAUUUUCCCCUCUGUCACCGCUGAUGUAAAAUCCACCAUUGCAGGGGACUCGAGUUGGAGUAUAUAUUUUAUUCCUGUCUCUUGCUUCCUGUUGUUUAACCUGUUUGACUGGGCGGGGCGAAGCAUCACUGCUGUCUGUCUGUGGCCUGGGAAGGACAGUAAACUGCUCCCGAUUAUGGUAAUAACUCGUCUCGUGUUCUUGCCUCUCUUUAUGCUGUGCAAUGUGAGCCCUCGUAAUUACCUACCCGUGUUCUUUGCCCACGAUGCCUGGUAUAUCUGUAUCAUGGUGAUCUUCGCCUUGUCCAAUGGCUACCUCGCGAGCCUGUGUAUGUGCUUCGGGCCCAAGAAGGUGGAGGUACACGAAGCAGAGACUUCUGGCGCCAUCAUGGCGUUUUUCCUGUCGUUAGGCCUGGCUUUGGGAGCAGGAUUCUCCUUCAUCCUGAGAGUUCUUGUUUGAUAGAGACCUGAUUAUGAAUCUGCGUGGACUCCUCUCCAGCGAUACCUCUCUCUAUAACAUGGCGUCUGCCCAGCUUCUUCAUACGGACUCGUAAACUGACAUACCCUGCCCCUUGGACACCUCAUGGUCUAUAAGGCCUUAUUGCCACAUGAAAAAUACAUGGUGCCCCCCACAUACCUGUGAUCCAGAACACAGGAAUUUACGGACCAGCAGGCAGUGUGUGUGUGUGUGUUUGUAUUUUUCGGUUAAAUAUCCCUGAUUGUUGCGGUGGAGCUCUGGAUGGUUCUCUUAAUUCCUUCAACUAUGACAACACAGGCCGUGUUAUUUACUAAAGUGAGAAUUUAAGGUGAAUUUUGAAUUUCAGGCCAAAUUAGCCAAACUGGAUAAAUUCUCGAAGUCCGCUAUGCCUUCCCUUCAGAUACUCUAAUCUUAGCUUCACAUUCAAAGAAUAACCUCGUGGAAUCCCUUGGGGAACAUCACCGGUCCCCACCUUAACCCCUUCACCGCCACAUGCCCCUUCCUUAACCUGUUCACUGCCGCAGCUCCGUGGUAGAACGGCAAGGGCCGCAGUCCUGGAUCUAAAUGGCUUGUGCUGUGGAUUUCUAGCGAUUGGCUGUUUGCAGAUUCCCGGAGGCUGCAGUAUUUUAUUAGUUCUGUGUAUAUUGCUAGACAUUUUCAUUAACCGUUCACUAUAUUGUGCUCUAAAUGUUUACAGGGUUUUUAUUAGUUUAUUUUAAUUUUUUUGGAGAAACAAAUAAUUGAAUGAUUUCCUAUUAUUAUUUUUAAUCUUUUUUUGGCAUUGCGCUUUGGUUCCAAACAAAAAGAAUUGUAUUUAAAGGACUUUCCUUUGUAUCAAGGAGAAUGUUUGUUUUCAUGUAUUAACAUGUUCUGCUUGUUAGAGUGAUUUAAAUAACAUAAAAGGUAUUGUUUUCCUUCUGUGUGUAAA